UAGGUAUACUUAAAGGGUUUAAGUAUUAGCAGGUCGGCUUGGUUGAAUUUACGUGUUGCGGUAUCGCGCAGGCGCACCAUAGCGACGGCUUGGUUGCUAAGGGGUGCGGUGGCGCGCUUUCGACCCAAUAACGGAGGCGGAGUGAUCGGCAAAUUCGGGCGCACAGAAGCGGUUAGCUGCGGGGAGGAAAGCGGAACACGGGCGAGAAUUCUGCUGCGUAAUAUAACCUCCGCGAAGAGCGAAACAACCGUCUAAAUAGCGAACAGUAACAAUGGCUGAUCAGCUUACCGAAGAGCAGAUUGCUGAAUUUAAGGAGGCCUUCUCACUAUUCGAUAAAGACGGUGAUGGCACCAUUACCACCAAAGAGCUGGGCACAGUGAUGCGCUCUCUCGGGCAGAACCCUACUGAGGCCGAGCUCCAGGACAUGAUCAACGAGGUUGAUGCUGAUGGUAACGGAACAAUUGACUUUCCUGAGUUCCUCACCAUGAUGGCAAGGAAGAUGAAGGACACUGAUAGUGAGGAGGAAAUCAGAGAAGCGUUCCGGGUUUUUGACAAGGACGGAAAUGGCUACAUUAGCGCCGCAGAGUUGCGUCAUGUCAUGACAAACCUAGGAGAAAAGCUGACCGAUGAAGAGGUAGACGAGAUGAUCCGGGAGGCAGAUAUCGAUGGGGACGGCCAGGUCAACUAUGAAGAGUUCGUCCAGAUGAUGACUGCGAAGUAAAACUGGAAACCCAAAGGACUACAGCAGACCAAACAGUGGGCAGCACACUCACUGUCGACCUUCAACAAGCAUUCACACCGUCCUCCUACCGCUUUCUAUGAAUUAGUUCACACUCCCUUUUUCCUCUUUCCUUCAGUUUAACUCUUCUGUCCUCUGCUCUGCCUGUUUUCCCUUGUCUUCCCUCUCUUCCCCUUUCCCAAACUUUUCUUUUUGACCUUUACCUUAUGAUUAUUCCAUAAAAAUCAAAGAACUGUUUACAUAUAAUCUAAGAUGAGGAAGAAAAAAAAGCUUAAAUAUAUGAUGUAAUACAUGUAUCCAUAUUUUAAAACUUAUAUAACAUAUACUAUGGCGAACAGCAAAAUGCAUGCUUUAUUUGGUUUUGGCAUGUUUCUGUGCUUCUCUGCUUGCCUUGAUUUUUCGAAACUUGCUCGCUCUCCUUUAACUCUGCAUGUUUCUCAUGCAACCUCUGCUCAGUGGUCUUAGAACUGUAUGGUGACCAACCAUUCAUGGAUAUCAGGGGCUUUUAUUGAUAAGUGGUCCAAAAAUGUACACGUAGUGUUAGUUGAAUAGUUGCAGUUUAGCGUAAUUGAGUCGGUAGUAACUACACAGACUAGAUCCUGAGAACCUUUUAGGGUGGAAAGGGGAGGGGAAAAAAAAGAAAAAGGAGAGGGUGUGGAAAGGGGGUGGGGAUGAUUCGGCCUAGGAUAGCCCAGGCAUAAUUAGGGCAGCAAUAUUUUGUAAUUCUACUACUUCUGCGUACCUUUUAGAAAAGGACAAAGGCAGACACUAAGCGACAGGGUUUUAUUCCUAAACACACAAGCCUGUUCGGGGGGGGGCUCUAUUGUUCCUGUUCCAAGUAAACACCAUGAUGUGUUCUAGGCACGAGAGGUCUGAUGGCUCAUGUCGGAGGAUUUCCCAGCUGUUCAACACAAUUUUGUUUUUUAUAGGCUGAAUUUAGUUGUUUUGAGCGGUUGCUGUGUGUAAGUUUUCGUAUUGACGAUGUAAAAUAACUUCCACGUGAACGUAUGGUCUUUAGAUUUUUAUGCUGCACUGUGUCCAAUCCAUCAAUACAUUCAUGUCCUGUAGCUUAUUCAAUGGACCAUUUCUGGGUUGGGAAUAAACGCACUUAAGUUGUGUACAGUAUUCUUCCUGCAAGGUAUUGGGAAGUGUAUGCAUAGCAAGCACACUAGCAUAGAAACUUAAACAUAGACUCUAAGCGGGAUAACGUUUAAAGGCAGGAUUGGAUUGAAAUGCCCAAUAAACAGUUAUUCAGUGUGCAUCAUUUAAAGGUUUUUAAUCAUUGUAGCACCUGCUUAACUCUCAUCCAGUUCAUGAAUAAGCAAAAAGUUAAACCUUAGGUGACUAUGGAAACAAGUGCAUGGUCGAAACGUGCAGGAAGAGUUCUGUAUCAUGCUUAAAAUGUUGCAUCCUCUAUAGCGACAAUCUGUCUUUUCUACUGUUAUGAAUGUAUUUUUUUAAAUGUAAUUUUAACUGUUUAUUCUAAGGGCUGGUUUCCCAGAAUAAGCCUAACCUUGGACUAAAAAGGAGUUUCAAUGUAGGCUUAGGCUAAGAUUGGGUUUAACACCUGGACAAAACACCCUUCCUUCUUUCCUGCUCAUAACAUCACCUAGGGAACAUUUGAAGUUAUGCGUUCCAUUGCAGAACUGUUAUUCUUGCUAAAUAAACUUCUGGGACUUGUGUUUCUA